AAGGGAGAGAGUUUAGGAAGUGGACAGAGCAGAGACAGAAGACUCACAUUGCGGUCUGUGUAGGGACUGAGGGGGGAAAUAACGCGGCUGCAGCACUACUUUAAGCCCCAACACAGAGGGAGGAUAAAAUCACACACCCCUCCUGUCUGAAUUUCCUCGGGCGUGGGGGGCACACACUAAUGUGAUCGAGGCUCAGGGACGCUCAGGUGCAGACAAACCAAACUGGCGGGGCUCUUAGGAUGCAGAAGUCACCGGUGGAAGAUGCAAACUUCUUCUCUAGAUUUGUCUUUUGGUGGAUAUCACCUCUACUGAGGAAAGGUUUUACUAAGAAGUUGGAGCUGACUGACGUCUACAAGGCUCCUUCGUUUGACCUGGCAGACACCCUCUCUGAGAGACUUGAAAGGGAAUGGGACAAAGAGGUGGUGCUGGCCAAGGGCAGGCCCAAGCUGCUGAAAGCACUGGCGCGAUGCUUCUUCCUCCCGUUCGCUUUCUUCGGUGUCCUCCUCUAUUUCGGGGAAGCAUCCAAGACUGUGCAGCCUCAACUUUCAGGUCGCAUUAUUGCUUCUUUUGACCCCUUCCAUGCUCCGGAACGAAGUCAGGGGUACUACCUGGCCCUGGGGCUCGGCCUCCUCUUCACCGCUCGCUUCAUCCUGCUGCAGCCUGCCCUCUACGGCCUGCACCACCUCGGCAUGCAGAUUCGCAUUGCCCUCUUCAGCCUCAUAUACAAAAAGACACUCAAGCUGUCCAGUAGGGUGUUGGAUAAGAUCAGCACCGGGCAGCUCGUCAGUCUCAUGUCUGCCCACCUCAACAAGCUGGAUGAGAGCCUGGGUCUAGCACACUUUGUAUGGAUCACCCCUCUGCAGUGUAUCCUGUGUACUGGUUUGAUCUGGGAGCUGAUCGAGGUCAAUGGCUUCUGUGCCCUGGCAGCUCUCACUCUUUUGGGCAUUCUCCAAGCGUGGCUGUCCCUGAAGAUGGGACCUCCUAGGGCAAAGCGUGCCGGGCUGAUAAACCGACGUUUGGCUCUUACUUCUGAGAUUGUAGAAAACAUUCACUCGGUGAAGGCGUACGGCUGGGAGGAAGUGAUGGAAAUCAUCAUCAAAAACAUCAGACAGGAUGAAAUGACUUUAACCAGAAAGAUUGGCUCUCUGCGCUAUUUCUACAGUGCUUCAUAUUUUUUCUCUGCCAUAUUGGUAAUCAUAUCGGCCAUCGUCCCAUAUGCACUCAGUAACGGUAUCAUACUGCGGCGGAUUUUCACCACGGCGUCAUACUGCGUUGUGCUACGUAUGACGCUCACCCGCCAACUGCCAGGCUCCAUCCAGAUGUGGUACGACACAUUGGCAUUGGUCCAAAAGAUCGAGGAUUUUUUGCUUAAGGAAGAAUACAAAGUAAUGGAUUACAGCUUGACCACGAUCGGAUUGGAGCUGAUCAAUGUCUCUGCAUCCUGGGAUGAGGAUAUUGUUGAGCUCUUUGAGAAGAUCAAGCGGGAGAACAAAGCAAAUGGACACAUGACCGGUGACGAUGGACUAUUCUUCACUAACUUAUACAUCACACCUGUCCUCAAAAACGUCAACCUACGCUUAGAGGAAGGCAUGAUGCUCGGAGUGGCUGGAUCUACUGGGUCUGGAAAGAGUUCCCUCCUCAUGAUGAUCCUGGGAGAGCUGGUACCAUCAGAGGGAAAAAUUAGACACAGCGGUCGGGUUUCGUAUUCACCACAGACUUCUUGGAUAAUGCCAGGGACCAUUCGUGACAACAUCCUUUUCGGCUUGACUUAUGAUGAAUUUCGCUACACUUCCAUCAUUAAGGCCUGCCAGCUGGAAGAGGAUUUUGACUUGCUGCCUGAGAAAGACAAGACUCCCAUUGCUGAGGGAGGAGUUACCCUCAGUGGGGGUCAGAGAGCAAGGAUCUGCCUCGCCAGGGCCGUAUAUAAAGAUGCAGACCUGUACCUGCUCGAUGCACCUUUCACCCACCUGGACAUUGCAACAGAGAAAGAGAUCUUUGACAAAUGUGUCUGCAAACUGAUGGCCUCCAAGACUCGUGUUGUGGUCACCAGCAAGUUGGAGCACCUGAAGCGGGCGGAUCGAAUCCUUCUGUUGCACAAUGGAGACUGCUACUUUUACGGGACCUUCUCAGAGCUUCAAGCACAGCGGCCAGACUUCAGCUCCCUGCUGCUUGGUCUCGAAGCUUAUGACAACAUCAACGCGGAACGGCGUGGCUCCAUUCUCACGGAAACUCUUCGCAGAGUCUCUGUGGAUGAAACAGCAAAUUUCAGAGGCCCGGACUCCAAUCAUCAGUCCUUCCGCCACGCACCGUCUCACAGCCACGCCAUGGGCGAUGGCUGUCCCGAAAAACGCAAGCCUUCGCUCAUCCUCAACCCUCUCGUAGCUGCCCGCAAGUUUUCAUUCAUCGGAAACUCCCAGCAGACGAAUAAUUUCCAGUCCACAUCCAUGGACGAUGGGGCGCAUGAACUUUCAGAGAGAAGAUUCUCUGUGGUGCCUGAGGACGAUCAGGUCGAGGAAGUGCUUCCGCGGAGUAAUCUGUAUCACCACGGGCUGCAGCACCUCAACGGCAGGCGCCAGUCUGUUCUGGCGUUCAUCACCAACGCUCAGGGUCAGGAGCGCAGGGAGCAGAUGCAGUCGUCCUUCAGAAAAAAGUUGUCCAUCACCCCACAGUGCAAUCUGGCAUCCGAGCUGGACAUCUACGCUCGGCGUCUGUCCAAGGACAGCGUGUUUGACAUAAGUGAGGAAGUGGAUGAAGAAGACAUGCAGGAAUGCUUUGCAGAUGAACAUGAGAAGAUAUUUGAAACAACCUCAUGGAGUACUUAUCUACGCUACAUUUCCACCAAUAGGAGUUUAAUCUAUGUCCUAAUUUUCAUUGUGAUUGUCUUUGCCAUUGAGGUUGCUGGUUGUGUCAUUGGCAUUUUUCUCAUUACUGAUGAGAUAUGGAGGGAUGGUGCCAACCCAAAUUCACCAAACUACAUCGAUGAGCAGCACCCUAAUGCGUCAUCGCCUCCUGUCCACCUCGCCGUCAUAGUCACACCAACCAGCGCCUACUACAUCAUCUACAUAUUCUUUGCUCACUCAGACAGCAUAUUGGCCCUUGGAGUCUUCAGGGGUCUUCCUUUAGUCCACACGUUGCUCACCGUGUCUAAAAGACUUCACGAACAGAUGCUAAGCUCUGUGCUACGGGCCCCCAUGUCUGUGCUUAACACCAUGAAAACAGGCCGGAUAAUGAACAGGUUCACGAAGGACAUGGCCGUCAUUGAUGACAUGCUGCCUCUAGUGCUGUUUGACCUCAUACAGUUAACUUUACUUGUCAUUGGGUGCAUCUUCACGGUGUCCAUCAUGAGACCAUACAUCUUUAUAUCCGCAAUCCCGCUGGCUGUUAUCUUUGUGGUCAUCAGGAAGUACUUCUUGCGAACAGGACAACAACUCAAACAGCUAGAGGCUGAAGCUCGUAGCCCCAUCUUCUCUCACCUAAUCAUUUCACUGAAGGGUUUAUGGACAAUUCGAGCUUUUGGACGUCAGACUUACUUCGAGACGCUUUUCCACAAAGCUCUAAACACCCACACAGCCACCUGGUUCCAUUACCUGUCCUCACUGAGAUGGUUCCUGUUCCGCUGUGAUGUGAUCUUUGUGUUGUUCUUUACCGUCGCUGCCUUCAUCGCCGUAGGAACCAACAAGGACAGACCUGGAGAGAUUGGCAUCAUUGUGGCCCUGGCCAUGCUCAUCCUGGGUACUUUCCAAUGGGCUAUCAUCACCAGUAUCAAUGUGGACGGCCUGAUGCGUUCAGUGGAUCGAGUGUUCAAAUUCAUUGACUUGGCUUCAGAAGAGAUCUUCCAAGGAAAACCUGGAGGAAAAGGAGGUUCUGAUCUCAUCAUCAAUAACCCAAGCGCAUACAGCUACUGGCCUAAUCGCGGCCAGCUGGACGUCCAGGGUCUCACUGUGAAAUACACAGAAGCUGGGCGGGCCGUGCUCAACGACAUCUCCUUCGCUGUGGAGGGGGGUCAGAGUGUGGGUCUGCUGGGUCGGACUGGUUCUGGGAAGAGUACCCUGCUGUCCGCUCUGCUGCGCCUCGCCUACACCGAAGGGGAAAUGUACAUUGAUGGAGUUUCUUCCAGCUCCAUGCCCGUGCAAACAUGGAGGAAGGCCUUUGGAGUGGUGCCGCAGAAAGUCUUUAUUCUGACUGGAACCUUCCGGAUGAACCUGGACCCGUAUGGCCGUUACAGUGAUGAUGAGCUGUGGCGGGUGGCUGAGGAGGUUGGGUUGAAGUCGGUCAUCGAGCAGUUCCCCGAUAAGCUGGACUUUGAGCUGAAGGACGGAGGCAGUGUUCUGAGCUACGGCCACAAACAACUGAUGUGUCUGGCCCGCUCCAUCCUCAGCAAGGCCCGCAUCCUGCUGCUGGAUGAGCCGUCCUCCUAUCUGGACCCCAUAACGCUGCAGGUCCUGAGAAAGACGUUGAAGCAGUCGUUUUCCGGCUGCACCGUCAUCCUGUCGGAACACAAAGUGGAGCCGCUGCUGGAGUGCCAGUCGUUCCUGAUGAUCGAGAAGAGCUCUGUGAAAAGCUACGACACCAUUCAGAAACUCAUGAACGAAAUGAGUCACCUGAAGCAGGCCAUCAGCCCCGCCGACAGGCUCCGCCUCUUCCCCACGACCCACCGCCUCAACUCCAUCAAGAGACCAUCACCUCAGACCACCAAGAUCUCGUCGCUGCCAGAGGAAGCCGAGGAUGAAAUCCAGGACACGCGGCUUUAAGAGGCCAGCCGCGCACCAACGCCAGACACAUGAACACAACCAGAGUGUGAUCCAGCCUGCACACAGUGACCAGUGAGAACGACCGGACUGGCUUCAAACAGAAUCACAAACAGACGGAUUCUGCCGUAGAAUCUGUUUUCAUUUAAAAGAGCAAAGGAAACUAAACAGAAGUAUUGAAUUUUACUUUUGUUUUUUUAAAUAAAGCUGAAUUUUUAAAUAGUAUAUUAAUAAUUAUAAACAUGUUUUUUUAUUUUUAUUUGAGGUUUUUUUACAGAUGACACCAGCACAACGCAUGUGGCUGAAACAGUUUAACUGAAAGAAGCACAAUUUGAUCACUGUAAGACACAACAACCAACGUCUGAAUUAUUGACAUUCAGAUGGAUGUCAGAAUUUCUUAAUGCUUAUAAAUUACCCUUUAAAAUUUAAAAUACACUGCAUUUUAAACUUGAAUGGGAUGCACUGAUGAAUCUGUCCUUAUUUCCUUCAUUUUGAUAUGGGAAGCUGAUUUGAUCUACUUUGGCAGAAGUAGAUUUUUCAUCUUUUUUUGCUGUUGUCAACAAAAAAAUCACCCACAGUGAGAGCUCUGACUGACAAACCGGCCCACCAGGUCACGUCUGCAUGUAACCAACUCUGUGACCUUCCUGCUAUAUUUACUGACAUUCAGACAAGAAAAAAAAAAUCUGAAUCACCAGGUCAGACUUUUUAAAGAUCAGCCAGAAAACUACAAUCAGUGCACUCCUAAAUUCUAACAUUCAUCAACUUUGCUUGGCUUUGAUGAUUUUUUUAUAGUUCUUUUUUAUCAAAGUAUAAAGCAGAAAUCACUGAAUGUAUGGCGUUAUUUUACUGACAACUCACAGCAGCUGUCUGAAUCAUAUGUUUGCAUAUCCAGGCUCAAUGUGAUCUUUUAUACAGAUUAUAUGAUGUGACGGAAAGAUGAAGUCACACACAGCUCGGUACGAAACACCUGCAGGAAAGGUUUAGAAAAGCUGACUGAAACGUGAAUGAAGAUUUGUGUGAAGCAGUGAUUGGAGGAGCAGCAGAGAGGGAAAGGAUCCUCUGUGUGACGGAGCGGAUGAAGUGGAAAUGUGGAAAUGCUUCAUACUCUGGAAUUCUUUGUUGUUCCUUCAAGUAACUGGCAUCUAGAUUAUGACUUCUCCAACCAUUCCACUAAAAGCAAACACGGUUCAGUCUUUUCAUUUUUUAGUUUUGGUUGCCUGGUAGUAAAGCCCCGCCUCCUGCAGACAUUGACUCCACCUCCGCAUUUCCAGUUGUUUUUAUGGUGCUCUUUCGUCAACAUUACCACUGCCAGUCUUUCAAGUUCAGUGUCCACCAAUCACUGAACUUGAUCAGUGAUAAUAGUUUGUUAAGACAAACUUAUGACCACAGAAACGGAAAUAGUACUCAGGAUUUACUCUGGUGGAUCAGGGGGUUUAAUUCCAGACACACAACGGGAUAAAAUCACAUUUAUCUGGUUGAUUUAUGGUCUGUUAAAGGUUUCAAUCAUCAUUUAAUCUUGCCAACAUUUUGUCUUUUACCAUAAGCCAUGAACUACAUACAAACUAAUGGAGUUCAGGCUGCAGAAGUGUUAAGUCAUUGGUUUAUACGAUGUAGAACCAGUUUCCAAUCAGACUCAGUAAAAUCUGUUUGUUAUUUGUCUCUAAAUUUCCAGUGACCUUUACUCAAAAGCUGACUUUUACUGCACCCAAAUGUGCUUUUAUUGACUUUACUAAACCUUGUAAAAUACAACAAAUGUUUUGAAACGAGUCACCAAAAUAUUCUUCUGCUCAGAAACAUUGUUUUUUCCCCCCAGAUGAUACCCAGAAUCAAAGUGAACCUGUAAAAUCUUUAACAUCCCUUUCCCAAAGCAAAUCUGACAUUUAAAGUAUUUUAUGCUUGGAUUAUUGAAUUAUUGUUGAAUACGUGUAAGAACUCUCAAGUACUUCUGACUUAGACGUUGGUCCAUGUGUCAUAAAGUUUGAAGAUCCCCCUGACAGCAUCUAGUGGCCAUUAGAGGAACUGCACCUACCAAUACCUUGAUAUUCAACUCCUUGGUGUGAACUUUCCUCCUGCUUGUCAUCCAAACACUCAGCUUUUCUGCUCGUGGACCAAGCAGAAGGUACCUGUUUCUGAUUUGGACUUGGUUCUGUUAAAUGAUUAAUAAAAUCCAGAAAUGUGUUAGAGUUUAACCUUUGAACUCAGCUUAUGUGUUUCACAUGGAACUGCUUUCUGAUGAUGUACGUCAGAACUUUCAAUUAGCCUUGCUGGUGUCAGCACACACACACACACACACACACACAAGCGCGCACACACUCACUAUCGUAGCAUGACAUUGUUGACUGAUGCAAGUAUUGAGUGAUGUCUCAAACACCCCUAUUUUCCUAUUGCUAUGCACUUUUCAGGCACCCUGAGAUACUCUCAUCAGCUCUCACAUAUUUUUUAAUCCCAUCGUUGAAAUAAGCCAACAUUAAAAUUUGAACUCUUGUCAUUAGCUAAUAUGUAAUGAUUGUUGUGCAGAUAUUUUUCCAUUAGGAAACAAUAAUUUCUUCUGAAAGUUGGAAAGUCAUUUUGAUUCUUUAAAGAUGAUUGUUUCUUCUUAUUGUUGAGGAAAGCACUUUUGAAACGGAAUAUUUCUGAAGGUACCAUGAAGAGGAGUUUUGACAUAAAUAAAUACAAAUAAAACUUUUUAUUACUCAUAGGAAAGGUACACAAAUGUCCAAAGAACUGAAAAUGUUUUUGUUCAAUCAUCUGUAUUUGGAGUAAAACUAGAUUUGGAGAAUUUGACUAUAA